UCCUUUUUUUUUUUUUUUAAAUUCUUCUCAUACUGAUUUUCUCCACUGCUUGAUCUAGUCUUUGUUUGUUGUUAUUAACUUGACAUGUUACGUGCUUGUCUUAUUCUGAAGUAAACUUUUGUCAAAGUUGACUAAUACUAAUGGUUUUCUCUCAAGUAGUUAUUGUGUUUGAAACUUUGAAUGAGUCUGAAUUCAGAAUCACAGUAAAAGCAAUGCCAUCAUCUUUACAAACUCAGUGCACACACAACAAACCAAGAGGGAAAAAAAAGAUGAGAUUUCACCAUGAGGUUAUGCUUUAUAGAGCAUAAUAAUCUUUCUCUGAGUUACUAAUUUGAAUUUGAACCUGUAAUGUAUUUAUUUCCUGCAGCAGUUUUCGGUUAACGGUGAUUACUAAUCAGUAGAGGGGUGUUUAAAGUCUUUCAUCAAGAAAAUGGCGGUUGAUAUCAAUUUGAAUGGAGAUGCUGACAAUAACCGAGAUCCAAGGAGCAAGGCCGAAGAAAAAAAUGUCAAAACAGUACCCUUAUACAAGCUUUUUGCAUUUGCUGAUCGUUUGGAUCGUUUAUUGAUGUUUGUGGGGACUGUGGGUGCUAUUGGGAAUGGAGCCUCCACCCCCUUAAUGACUCUGAUAUUCGGAGAUACGGUCAAUGCAUUUGGAGGAUCCCAAAGCACUCACCAAAUUGUUCAUGAAGUUUCUAAGGCGUCUCUGAAAUUUGUAUACUUGGCUAUUGGAACCUUUUUCGCAUCACUUUUGCAGUUGACAUGCUGGAUGAUCACUGGUGAGAGACAAGCUGCAAGAAUUAGAGGCUUAUACCUUCAAACAAUUUUAAGGCAAGAUGUCAGCUUCUUUGAUCAAGAGACUAAUACUGGAGAGGUUGUUGGAAGGAUGUCAGGUGAUACUGUUCUUAUUCAAGAUGCCAUGGGUGAGAAGGUGGGACAGUUCAUACAAUUCGCAUCAACUUUCGUUGGAGGUUUUGUGAUAGCAUUCGUCAAGGGGUGGCUUCUAACGUUUGUCAUGUUAUCUACUAUUCCACCUGUUGUCUUCGCUGGGGCUAUUACAAGCCUGGUUAUUUCAAAAGCAUCAUCCAUGGGACAAGCAGCAUAUUCUAUAGCAGCAAGUGUAGUAGAGCAGACAAUAGGUUCUAUCCGAACUGUUGCAUCAUUCACUGGGGAGAAGCAAGCUAUAGCUAAAUAUAAUCAGUCUCUAAUCAAAACUUAUAAGGCUGGAGUGCAAGAGGCAAUAGCUUCUGGUUUGGGGUUUGGUACUCUCUAUUUUGUGUUUACCUCCAGUUAUGGUUUGGCUGUAUGGUUUGGUGCAAAAAUGAUCAUAGAGAAAGGAUAUACAGGAGGAGAUGUCCUGACUGUAUUAUUUGCUAUAUUGACUGGAUCCAUGUCUCUUGGGCAAGCAUCUCCAAGCAUGAGUGCCUUUUCUGCUGGACAAGCUGCAGCUUAUAAGAUGUUUGAAACAAUUAAGAGGAAGCCAGAAAUUGAUCCUUAUGACACUACUGGUCUGCAGCUUGAUGACAUUCGAGGAGAUAUAGAACUUAGGGAUGUUUGCUUUAGUUAUCCUACAAGACCACAUGAACUGAUAUUCAAUGGAUUUUCCCUUACAAUGCCAAGUGGCACUACCACAGCUUUGGUAGGAGAGAGUGGGAGUGGGAAGUCCACAGUUGUUAGUUUGAUAGAGAGAUUUUAUGAUCCACAGGCAGGUGAAGUUCUCAUUGACGGUAUCAACCUCAAGGAAUUUCAACUGAAAUGGAUCAGACAGAAAGUAGGCCUAGUUAGCCAGGAACCAGUUCUUUUUACUUGCAGUAUUAAAGAUAAUAUUGCCUAUGGCAAGGAUGGUGCAACUGUUGAAGAAAUCAGAGCUGCAGCGGAACUAGCUAAUGCUUUCAAAUUUAUAGAUAAGCUUCCGCAGGGACUUGACACAAUGGUUGGUGAGCAUGGAACUCAGCUCUCUGGGGGUCAAAAACAAAGAGUUGCAAUAGCAAGAGCUAUUUUGAAAGACCCAAGAAUCCUACUUCUAGAUGAAGCUACAAGUGCCCUUGAUGCUGAAUCUGAAAAAAUUGUGCAGGAGGCAUUGGAUAGAAUAAUGAAAGACCGAACAACUGUCAUUGUCGCCCACCGCUUAAGUACUGUAAGGAAUGCUGAUAGCAUUGCUGUUAUUCAUCGAGGAAAAGUAGUUGAAAGAGGGUCACAUGCUGAGCUCACCAAUGAUCCUAAUGGAGCCUAUAGCCAGCUCAUUAGACUGCAAGAAGUUAAAGGGUUGGAAAAAAAUUCUGCAAAUGACAGAGACAAGGUAGAAAGUAUUGUGCAUUAUGGAAAACAAUCAAGUCAAAAAUCUUAUACACGAUCUAUAAGCCAAAGGUCGUCAGGAGCUGGAAGCAGUGGUCGUAUCUCGUUCUCAGCAUCACAUGGUGUGCCCACAAUGAUUGGUUUCUUGGAACCUGCAGGUGGAGAACCUCGUGAUCCUAAUCCAACAGUUUCUUCACAACCAGAAGUGCCAGUCCAUCGCCUGGCAUAUUUAAACAAGCCAGAGAUUCCAGUCUUACUGUUAGGGACUAUAGCUGCAGUAAUAAAUGGACUAUUGUUUCCCAUUAUGGCAUACUUAAUUUCCAAAAUGAUAAGUAUUUUCUAUAAGCCAUUUCAUGAACUUCGUAAAGAUUCAAAACGUUGGGCAUUACUAUAUGUUGGGCUUGGUGUGAUAUCAUUUAUCGUUAGUCCAUGUAGAUUCUAUUUUUUUGGCGUUGCUGGUGGUAAGUUGAUCAAAAGGAUUCGAAAAAUGUGUUUUGAGAAAGCAAUUCACAUGGAAGUUAGUUGGUUUGAUGAAGCUGAACAUUCAAGUGGAGCAAUUGGAGCAAGGCUCUCUUCUGAUGCAGCUGCUGCCCGAGCUUUGGUUGGGGAUGCACUUGGUUUGCUGGUUCAAAAUAUUGCUACAGCAGUAGGUGGCUUGGCAAUUGCUUUUGAAGCAUGCUGGGAGCUUGCUUUUCUAAUGCUUGCUUUGGCACCUCUUUUAACACUAAAUGGAUAUGUGCAAUUCAAGUUCUUAAAAGGAUUCAGUGCAGAUGCUAAGAAACUGUAUGAGGAAGCAAGUCAAGUGGCAAAUGAUGCUGUAGGGAGUAUAAGAACAGUUGCUUCUUUCUGUGCUGAAAAGAAGGUGAUGGAAUUAUACCAGCAAAAAUGUGAAGGACCAAUUCAGACAGGCAUAAGGCGAGGGAUAAUUAGUGGAAUUAGUUAUGGCAUAUCAUUCUUCUUGCUAUAUGCAGUUUAUGCAUGCUGUUUUUAUGUUGGAGCUAAACUUAUAGAUGAUGGAAAAGCAACAAUGACAGAAGUUUUCCGAGUUUUUUUUGCUCUCAGCAUGGCAGCUAUGGGAAUCUCUCAAUCUGGUUCUUUGGUCCCUGAUUCAUCUGGUUCAAAAAGUGCUGCUGCUUCCGUAUUUGCUAUUAUUGAUCGAAAAUCACAAAUAGACCCAAGUGAUGAAUCUGGAUUGACAUUGGAAGAAGUCAAGGGAGAGAUUGAAUUUAACCAUGUCAGUUUCAGGUAUCCUACCAGACCAGAUAUUGAAAUAUUUAGAGAUCUUUGCCUGAUCAUUCGUAGCGGCAAGACAGUUGCACUGGUUGGAGAAAGUGGAAGCGGAAAAUCAACAGUGAUCUCAUUAUUACAAAGAUUUUAUGAUCCAGACUCAGGUCAGAUUACACUGGAUGGAAAAGAAAUCCAAAGCAUGCAAGUGAAAUGGCUAAGACAACAGAUGGGCCUGGUGAGCCAAGAGCCUGCGUUGUUUAAUGACACCAUCAGAGCCAAUAUUGCAUACGGAAAGAGAGGGGACGCAACAGAAGCAGAAAUUAUAGCUGCAGCAGAACUGGCAAAUGCUCACAACUUCAUUAGUAGUUUGCAGAAGGGUUAUGACACAAUGGUAGGGGAGAGAGGGAUUCAACUAUCUGGAGGACAGAAACAAAGGGUCGCAAAUGCAAGAGCUAAAGAGAAGAAUCCAAGAAUAUUACUCCUAGAAGAAGCCACAAGUGCACUUGAUGCCGAGUCUGAGAAAGUGGUUCAGGAUGCACUAGACCGUGUUAUGGUGGAUCGAACCACAAUAAUAGUGGCUCAUAGGUUAUCCACUAUUAAGGGUGCGGAUUUGAUUGCAGUAGUUAAAAAUGGGGUGAUAGCAGAGAAGGGAAAGCAUGAAGCAUUACUGAACAAGGGAGGUGACUAUGCUUCCUUAGUAGCAUUGCACGCAACUGCUUCUACAUCGUAGUUCCCUUUACAGUUUAUUGUUGAUUUUAUCUGAGUAAAUAAGAUGCGGGGGAUUUUCGUCCUUCUCGAUGAUUAGACAAGUUUAAAUGCCACUCUCUAUCUGCAAUCUGCAGCUUUGUUCAUUAUGUAAUAAUUUUCGUUGCAAGACUAGUGUCAUAAAAAUUAUUUUGUUUGUGUAAACUCUUGGUUCAGGAAAUGAUUCUUAUUCAUUUGCACCA